CGACUACAUUCUACUUUCUUCGCCGUCUAUGGAUGGCGCCGUUCGACCUAGACGCGUGCAUCGAAUGCCUACGAAACAAACAGCUCCUUGACGAAGCGGUCCUUCGGGAGAUAUGUGAAAAGUCCAAGGAGGUGUUGAUGAGGGAGAGCAACGUCGUUCACGUCGCUGCUCCCGUCACAGUCGUUGGCGAUAUCCACGGACAGUUUCACGACCUCAUCGAAAUAUUCCGCAUAGGCGGAUCAGCCCCUAAUACCAACUAUCUCUUCCUAGGUGACUACGUCGAUCGGGGCUUGCACUCUGUCGAAACAAUUUCCCUUCUCACCUGUCUGAAACUACGGUAUCCGGAGAGAGUUCAGCUCAUCCGGGGUAACCACGAAUCUAGAGCUGUCACACAGACUUAUGGAUUCUACCUCGAAUGUACCCGCAAAUAUGGGUCUCCGACGGUUUGGCGAUACUUUACCGACAUGUUUGAUUUCCUCACCCUGAGCGUAGUCAUCGACGAUGCUAUCUUCUGCGUUCACGGAGGUCUCAGUCCUUCGAUACAUCAUAUCGACCAAAUCAAGAUCAUCGACCGAUUCCGAGAGAUUCCACAUGAAGGUCCCAUGGCAGAUCUCGUCUGGUCAGAUCCAGAUCCGGAGAAAGAAGAUUUCGCCAUCAGUCCAAGAGGUGCGGGCUACACGUUCGGGGCGUCUAUCGUACGGAAAUUUCUCGAUCUCAACGGUAUGAACCAUGUCCUCCGGGCUCAUCAGCUCUGCAUGGAGGGGUAUUCGGUAUUAUACAACGACCAACUAAGCACCGUUUGGAGUGCCCCAAAUUACUGUUACAGAUGCGGUAACAUGGCGAGUAUACUGGAAGUGUCUCCUGGCAACAAAAAGUUUUUCAAUGUCUUUGCCGCCGCUCCAGAGAAUGAAAGAGAUGGUCCCGCGCAACAAGAAACGGCAAAAGCCAUCGAGUACUUCUUAUGACAUCCCCAAUCAGUCAGCAUCCCAUUCCAGUUCCCCGAACAACUGGUCUAUGAGCCCGUACGAUCUUGAAGUGCCUCGUAUAACGCCUUCCAUGCCGUUCAUGACCUCAUGUAGCUCUGGCAAUUUCCAUUCUGUAGUUAUUCUCCACCGUCUGCAUAUAUAGAUGCGUGCC